GUGGGGGGGAAAGGGGGAGAAGGAGAGAGCGCUAACGCCAGUUGCCCCUAAGCCCCCCUUCCGUACAACGCGCGCCCGCCCCCUGCGCCGAAGUCCCCCAAUCCAGAGCGGCGGCCUCCCGCGCCCCGCCCCCAGUGAGAGCCCGGCUCCGCCUUCGGCGGCUGCGGCCCUGCUGCUUCGCUUCCUCCCGCCCGGGGGCCGCCUAUCGCGGGGGGCCCCGGUCCGCUCUCCGGGCGGCGGCCCUUCUCCUUCCCCGCCUUGCACCCGGUGACCUUGGGGAAGCCUUGGGGAAGCCGGGUAACAGGCCCGUUGUACCCGUGUCCUCUGUACAAUCCCCGGGGAUCGCGCCGCCCCUUUGGGGGCCGAAGCUGACGCGGGCCGGGCCGCCCCGCACCUCGGGGGCUCACAGCCCACGGCACCAAGUUGUUGUUGUUUUUUUUUUAAUAGCUUUUCAUUUUUCAAAAUACAUGCAAGGACAGUUCUCGGCAUUUCCGACAAAACCUCGUGUCCAGAUUUUCUCCCUCCUCCCCGCCCUCUGCUGGACGGCAAGGAAUCCGGCAUGGGCCAAACAUGGGCAGUUCUACCCAUAUGGCCCCGAUCCUGCUGCACACCCAAAACAUCCGAUCAAAAGGAAAUAAAGUGAGAAAAAACGAGCAAACAACCAAAAAGGUGAAAACGCGGCACCGCUGCUCGCGCAGCCCCGCGGUCACCGGGCAUCCGGGGCCUCUUCCUGCGCAUGCACUUUAGAUGCGUUAAUUAGCCCAUUACAUUUAAGCCGUGACCCUGACACUUGUUAAGCACCUGCUGAGUACCGGGUCAGGGCGGGACUCGGAGAAGGAGCAGAGAGAAGCCUUAGAUAAGACAAACCGCCGCCUUUGGCGCUGCGGAGCCGGUGCCUUUGUUGAGGUUCCGAAGGAGACACCAAAAGACGGGGUCGCAGACCCGGCGUCUCGAGGUGUCGCAGAAGGAUUUUCAGGACUGAGCUGAUGUCCCCGGCGAGGGACAAAGUUCAUUGUCAUUGGAACGCUCAAUAGGCCCCCCUGCCCGGACUUAGGAGGGUUUGCCCUUGAGGGCCCCCAUAGACCCCCACCCACCCUGUAACCAGGACCAGCCUAGCAAAGAAACCGGCACGUGCCCCACCGGACAGCUGGGGAAGAAAAGCCCGAUUUUAGUCCCCCAGAAACUAUCAUUUAAGCGUCUAACUCCGAGCAUCUCUGGCUCUGCUGUCCAGCCUGGCGUUGUGCCCCCUGGCCUCUGACCCCAGCGACCCACAGUAACACUGCCGGGGGUUAGCCCAAAGGGGUUAAAUGGCCUGUUCUGAGUCUCGCAGCCAGUAGUGACAGGAAGGACUCGAACCCAAGGCCCUGACUGCGCCGUGCACCGCUGCCGGGUCCAAGAGCAGCCUCCGGAGCCUAACAACCGGGCUGGAGUGGCCGAACAGCCCCUGAGCCACCCGUGGUUCCCUGAACUGACAGGAGCCUCCUGGAAACCUUGCAGCCAUGAGCUCCAAGAAGCUGGUGAACUCGGUGACGGGCUGUGCGGACGACGCCCUGGCCGGCCUGGUGGCCUGUAACCCUGGGCUCCAGCUCCUGCAGGGGCACCGCGUGGCCCUGCGCGCUGAUCUGGAGAGCCUGAAGGGCCGGGUGGCCCUGCUGUCGGGCGGGGGCUCCGGCCACGAGCCUGCCCAUGCCGGUUUCAUAGGCAAAGGGAUGCUCACCGGGGUCAUUGCCGGGGCCGUGUUCGCUUCCCCCGCGGUGGGCAGCAUCCUGGCCGCCAUCCGGGCGGUGGCGCAGGCGGGCACAGCGGGAACGCUGCUCAUCGUGAAGAAUUACACCGGGGACCGGCUCAACUUCGGGCUGGCCCGGGAGCAGGCGCGCGCCGAGGGCCUCCCCGUGGAGAUGGUCGUCAUCGGCGACGACAGCGCCUUCACCAGCCUGAAGAAGACGGGCAGGCGGGGGCUCUGCGGCACCGUGCUGAUCCACAAGGUGGCCGGGGCGCUGGCCGAGGCGGGGGUGGGGCUCGAGGAGAUCGUUCAGAGAGUGAAUGCAGCCGCCGCCGCCAUGGGCACCCUGGGCGCGAGCUUGUCCUCCUGCAGCGUGCCGGGCUCCAGGCCCACCUUCCAGCUGCCCGCCGACGAGAUGGAGCUGGGCUUGGGGAUCCACGGCGAGGCUGGCGUGCGGCGGCUGAAGAUGGCCACGGCCGACGAGGUGGUGAAGACCAUGCUCGACCACAUGACGAACCCCUCCAGCGAGUCCCACGUGCCGGUCAGGGCCGGCUCUUCAGUGGUGCUGGUCAUCAAUAACCUGGGGGGCCUGUCCUUCCUGGAGCUGGGCAUCAUGGCGGACGCGGCCGUGCGCAGCCUCGAGGCCCGAGGGGUGAAGAUUGCCCGCGCCUUGGUGGGCACCUUCAUGUCGGCCCUGGAAAUGGCUGGCAUCUCUCUGACCCUCCUGCUGGCGGACGAUGCCCUCCUCAAACUGAUCGAUGCCGACACCACGGCCUCCGCCUGGCCCCGUGUAGCCAGCGUCGCUGUGACAGGCCGCGCCCGGAGCCGGGCGGCCCCCGCGGAGCAGCCGGGGGGCGCCGAGCCGAUCGCCAAGGGAGGUGCCGCCUCCCAGAGGGCGGCUCUCAUCCUGCAGCGGGUGUGCAGCACCCUCCUCGGCCUGGAGGAAUAUCUGAACGAGCUGGACCGGGCCGCGGGCGAUGGCGACUGCGGGACCACCCACAGCCGGGCCGCCAAAGCCAUCCAGCAGUGGCUGGAGGAGGGCCCUCCCCCCAGCCGCCCUGACCAGCUGCUCUCGGCUCUGUCCCAGCUCCUGCUGGAGAAGAUGGGAGGUUCAUCGGGGGCGCUCUAUGGCCUGUUCCUGACCGCGGCCGCCCAGCCCCUCAAGACCACACCUGGCCUCCCGGCCUGGACUGCGGCCAUGGACGCCGGGCUGGAAGCCAUGCAGCGGUACGGAAAAGCGGCUCCGGGCGACAGGACCAUGCUGGACUCGCUGUGGGCCGCAGGCCAGGAACUCCGCGCCCUGAAGACCCCGGGGGCCAGCUUGGAGCAGGUGCUGAGCAAAGCAGUCCAGAGCGCCGAGGCUGCCGCGGAAGCCACCAAAGACAUGGAAGCCGGAGCGGGGAGAGCCAGUUACAUCACCUCAGCCAAACUGGUGCAGCCGGACCCCGGGGCCGUGGCGGCUGCUGCCGUGCUCCGGGCCAUCCUGGAGACCCUGCAGGGCCAGAGCCGGUGAUUCCCCCGGAACCUCUGGGUGCGGCUGCAUCUCUGCCCCGACCUAGCCCCAGGGGGCUUCUCCGCCUUUUGGGGAAAGGCCUUUGCACAAUCAUAUGUUAAAUGCAUAAAAUAAUCAGAUUCCAGAGGAAGUCGGUCACCCGGCAACCUAAGGGUCAAAGUAACGCGCCCCCACAUGGCUCUUUCCAACAACAAGAUGAUUCAGGCCCACGAUCUUGUGCUGACCUACACCCAGAGAGGACUGUGGGAACACUGAGGGUGGACCACAACCUACUGUUUUCACUUCCUUUGUUGUUUGCUUUUUGUUUUCUUUCUUGUUUUUCUUCUUUUUGAUCCACUUUUUCUUAUGCAGCAAGAUUUUUAAUUUUUAAAAUACACCUGUUUUUACCAUGUUUAACAUAUAUUGGAUUGCCAUGUAGGGGAGGGGGUGGGGAGAAGGGGGAGAGAAAAUGGAAUGCAAGGUUUUGCAAAGGUCAGUGUUGAAAAAUUAUCCUUGCUUACGUCUUGAAAAUAAAAUUUCAAUUAAAAAAUAAAGUGUAAAAAAAUAGAA